CUCGUUAAUCAUCACUGGAUGGCGAAGAGGUGCGGUUGUACUAAAUAUGAAAGAUUUACAUAUGAAAAUGAAGAUUAAUUAUAAAAAGUUGCAGCGGAUAACUUCAAUAAACUUAUAAACAACUUUUCAAGACGAGUGAAAAGACAACAUCAAUUCGGCUGUCGAACAUGUCUCAACAAACUUCCAUGUACCAAUAUUAUAAGGUGGUUAGUGCUGGGCGACAACAAACUGACAAGAAAUCUCCAAUCGUCAUCAAAACACCUCGAGAGGCUCUGAAGCAGAAGGAAAAUUCCCUUGAACAGGAUCCAAUCAACUAUCCUAAGCAACAACCGGCCAUGGCUUCUCUGUCUGAGAAUCGUGGCGACCUGUUGUCGACAGCGUUGUUGGUUGAUCGGCUCGACAGUGAAGACGAAGCCUUGCUGAGUAUCAGGCACUUGGUUAGCGACCCGAAGCCUCUCUCGUGCCAGGAAUCAUUCUAUUCCAGCUCCGCCUCUACGCCGACUAAGAACAAUGUGUCCCAGAAGAGAGCCUUAUCCAGCUCGAGAAGAAGCAGCAGCAUGUCGCCACGGAAAAAAUCCCAGAACACACCAGUCAGCACAGUUAUAAGGAGACUGAAACAUCGAAGCCCUAGAAAAUUGAUAUACGACGAGGCGAUUGAUACUAGCAAAGUAUCCGAGGUUGUAGAGAUCCUGAACCUUGCUAGAACUGGGGUCUUGCCGAAGAAUAAUUUUUUUCUUUCAGAAGUGUAUCGCAAUAAUGAUUCUGAACCACCUGAAAGAGGCUAUAUUGAGAUAGAUGAUACAACAUCUACUUAUCGUAUCGACAGGGUGAAUAUACCAAAUGACAAGCAUGCUGAGCAUAUGUUUAAUAUUAUUGUUGAUGUUUUUGCAAACUCUAUCAACUGUGGGUAUUUCGAUGACAAUGAACUUGAUCGAAUAUUUGAUAUGCUCACAAUGAGCCAACAAUCACAAGCACUUUUUGUAAGGAUGCUUCUGAGGACGCACGUUUGGAAGAGACGCACCUCUAUUAAGUAUCCAGAAAUUGCGGAAGACCUUAAUCCACUGUUCGACGAAUUGGAAGAAAACAACUUCUUCACUUCCGAUACCAAUGACAUCCCCCUUGAAAAUCUUCUAACGAUACUGUCGGCAAGCGAAGUUCACGAUGUGGCCCGGCAGUCGAACAUACCUCGUCAGAAAACUAAGGAAUCAGCGAUUGAAAAAAUUCUAAGGACUAGUUCUACGCAAUCCUUAUUUCCUGGAAGAGAAAGUCCAGCUACAGUGCUAAGGAGAAGGGUUCUAAAUGCAUUGGGACCUUGCACUUGCCUGCUGCAGGAGAUGAUAAACCUCGUAGAACGUAUCAUCACCCUCUUCAUACCUGCGCAAGAAAUAACUGCAACUCUUUCCAGCACGUUUCUUCAACUCACAAUGAUUAAAGAUGGUAGUUUGAGAUACCCGGAAGUGCAGGUUCAUAAGGUUCCUGUCUUCCAAAAUAGAGAUCACCUUGUGCGGUACGUUGACUGGAAACAAAAGUGGAAGCUUGUUCUUGAGCUGCCCAGAGGUGACCCAAGAAAUUGGGACACAUUUAGAAGGAUUGGAAGAGACGCUCAUUCGCGGUUGAUGUUUCUUUUGCAACAGAAUCCCAUCAGUCAAACAGACACCGGAGUGCCUCGUCAUGUUCAGAAAUUCAGCGAGAAAUAUGUAUGCAUGAAAAUAGUAAUAUCUUGUUUAGAAAUAUUCAAGAAAGAAAGCUCUUACAUACCAGAAGCGGUUAAAAUGCUAAAUGACCUUAUAAACCAGGAAACCUAUUGCCAGAGCAGAAAAGGUGAAUGGUACGAUGAACUGGCAUUGAUAGAGACAAAGUACAACAAAAAUCUGAAUGAUGCUGCUCGUAUAAUUAUAAAGGGAUUGACUCAUGCGACUGUCACAGAAAUCGGAAAGCACGUUCUUACAAAGAGAGCUUCUAUGUUGGCGAAGAGAAAAAACGGCAUAAAUCGAGAUGUACAGUCAGAUUUGAAAGGUCUUAUCAAUCCCGACAUACUCAGAGAGCCUCGCAAGGUCUCUAUACAUGGCAAAGUGAUGCAGGGGAAUAAAAUAGGACGGAAAACAACAUGGAAAAUGGAUUUGGAGGAUGGAGACAAAGGUUACAUGGGAGUCGAGCAACGAGCUGUGUGUUAUUAUAAGGAAUUGGGAUACAUUCACAAGUGGCAUUGCGAGGGUUCAUUUCCCGUAACAUUGUUUGCGCUCCUGAUGUGGGAAGAACUUUACACUUUGUCGAUUCGUGGCACUUAUCUGAGCAUGUACCAAAGAGCUCCUCUGGAUUUAUACACCUCGGAGUUCUACACCAAUAGAAAAGAAGAAAUUGAUAGAAAGAUUGAAUUCAUCAAAAUUCUGAGCGAGGAGCAGCUAUGCAGUUUGAUUGAAACUUCCUUAGAGACCCGGAGUCUCUACGAAUCGAUCAUGCCUAAGCCUCUAGCUGUUUCCAAUGAGCAGUUUGUUGAUCUAGUGCGAUGCAUGGGGCCUGUUAUAGUGGCAGGGAUCUGUAAGAGAAUGGGGUCUAACUUCAGUGUGUGGAAAGCGGGUUUCCCCGACUUAGUGGUCUGGGAUCCCGUGGGAAAAAGGUACAAGAUCGUAGAGGUCAAAGGACCUGGGGACACAUUAUCUCCUAAACAAACUUUGUGGAUGCGAUACCUGAAAGAUCUUGGUGCUGACAUCGAGCUUUGUGAAAUUAAAAGUAAGCUAUUUAAUUAUUAUUCAUGUCGCAUCACUGUAGUUAAUUAUUAUCACAACCAUAAUUUGAGAGACUUCAUUUUCCUGCAUUGUUCACAAAGCCAGGGCUUGUGGUAUCGUAGUUGCACACGGACCUGAGAAAUGAUACCUAGAAAUCAACAAAUUAGCAAAUAAGUAAUUAAUCAAGGGCACGUUUUAACAUCAUCAAUUAUUCUCCAACUUUCUGGUCUCUCGACACGUCAAAAAGAUGCUUACUGAAAUUGAUUUGUAGCUGGAGUACUUUCUACGUUGAAUUCAGCAACGACGACUCCACGGUCAGCUACUUGAGGAGCAAACAUGGCAGCAGGGUAGACGACGGAUGAGGUGCCAAUGACGAGGCAAAUGUCACAGUUUUCUACGGCCUCACCUGGAAA